CGGUGGCCGCUGGAGUGGAUGCAGCUUCAACAGUUGCGGCCACGACUGCUGCAGGUGCAGCAACGACUGCUGCAGCUGCAGCCACGACUGCUGCAGCAGGCGCAGCGACUACAGCAGCUGCAGGUGCAGCGACUACAGCGGCUGCAGGUGCAGCUACAACUGCCGCAGCUGGAACAGGAGCCAACAAUGCUGCUACGACAGCUGGAGCUGGUGCCACGACCGCUCAGACACCAGUGUCCUGCCUGUCCUGUAACGAAACACACGCGGGCUGUGAGAAUGCGACGGACGCCUACAACAACACCAUCACGUGCACAGGGGGAUGCUGGGUGUACCGUGAAGAGACCAGCAGUAACGCCGUGACGUACUCCCGGGGGUGUGGAAGAAGCGACACAAGCGACACAGCCUGUCAAACCGAGCACCAGAGCGAACGCUGUAUGACCGUCUCCGGCGUUAACGUCUGUCGUCGCUGUUGUACUGCGGCAAACUGUAACCACGCGGCCCUCAUGCUGACUGGGAAGGCGACGGCGGCACACGUCAGCUUCGGCGUUCUCAUGGCGUCACUCGUCAUGGUCGUGUUCGCACGGGAGUCUGCCUAGCGUCAUGCGACGUCAUACCAACCGUGAAGACGUCACAUCAUAUGUGACAUCGUCAUACAUAUAUGUCUGAAUAGGAAUUAGUAAUUUAAAUUGACGACUGUUCUAGAAAGCUGACGAGGGCUGGGAUGACCCUUUUUUUUACAGAGAGGGUGGCUUAUAGAAAAAUAAUGAUUAUUUUAUUCCUAUCAGAUUUUAUCUAAACAGCGCAAUGCAACAGAAAGACAUGAUAUGAUCAGCAAUGUACAUAUAUACCUCUAAUAUCCCCUCGGCACACAUCUGAACUGAGCUGCUGUAAGUGUGCUGUAGGUAUAGAAAAUGUGUAAGAUGAUUUGAAUUUCAAUGUUUGACGAAAGUUUGAAUUGCUAACAUGUAACCCUGUCCGGGGAUAGUAUAUGUUACAUGUUCUGACUUCCAGAGAAGUCUAUUUUAUAUGUUCAUACUGUACACAUAGCAGGCCUUGUGACAGGUGACGGGAUGAAUCGACAUUGCUUUGUACUCAUUCAACGGAGAAGACUAAACCCUAGACUAGUACGUUACACCUGUCCGUACUUUCAAAAGAGUACGCGAAAGAGUUAUCACACUAGGAUUGUGCAGUACAAAACAACUUGGCCUUUCGUUAAUUAACUUAAGCAUGUUGUUGCCACAGUAUUACCUGACGACCAAAUAGUGUCAUGAAAAGUAAAACUCCUGAAAACGACAUUUCUCUGAUACAAGGCAUACGAUGACGUCACAUUGAAGGUUGAUAUUUGCUGUACAUGUACAUAGGGUGGACUGACAAUAAAGAAAUAUAUUAUGUUAAUGUGUGUUUGACAGCU